UAACGCCGCAUGUGAUGCCGAGGAUCGACGAAGCGGAGAGGCUUUCGGACGAUAUAUGAUCGAGAGUCCUCUUUUCUCAGCUUCGUUGUGGCGACCGAGAGUGGCAGCAGUGGCGCGUGUGAGCUCCCUAUCAAAGCCACGUCGAAAUGGCUACCACGACACCGACGACAAUGUUGACGACAAUGUUGACCACAACCGUGCUGCCGGAAAGCUGCACAUUCGAACCGACGCAGACUAUCUGGCUCACGGAGGGAUGUGAUAUCACAUGCGCAACCGACAAUUGGUGUAUAGCUGACGCUGCCGUCACACUGCCCUGCGGAUGUCGCAGUGUCAAGGUUCAGCCGGCUACUACGACGAUAUGCCCUACGUCGGCCGGAUGCAUUCAGUGCACCACCGGAUGGGGGAUUGUUACGAUAACGGAGUCUUGUCCUACGGCGACUGAACCGGCGAGUUAACUGGUCCGGGGGUGAAAUACAUGUGGAUUUCUGUCAAUUGUAAGCUCUAUUAUC